ACGUUUAAAUUUUGAUUGAAAUAUUCAUAAAUACAAGCCACUGAAUUACCUGAAAUCGAAAGGUGUGGGAAAAAAGGCGCGUAGGAAGUAAAUACCGAUUUGAAUUUGAACAAAAAUAGCAAAAGCACAUAUUAGCGGCUGCUAAAAUAGCGGCUAAACGUGGAAAACGGCCGCCUUGCCAAGAGAAGCGGCUAAAAACCGACUGUAAACAAACGAACUGUCAAAGUGAGUUGAUUUACGAUUUUGCGGGGAAAAUGGGUCGGUUUUGUUUGGAUAAAUUUGCACAAGGCUGUUUUUACGAUUAAAAAGUGAUAAAUAGAGCGUUUUCAUGUGUUCUGCAAAAAUUAAUAAGUGCGCAGAGUCCUUCCUUGUGAUGCAGAUUGAAUUAACCCGAAAACCGAUUAAUAACUGUUAACUUAUUUGGAUCUGCUAUCAUUCGUUUGCUGAAGAUUAUCUUCUAAAAGCAACAGUUAUUUAACCAAACAUCGGAUUGCUCCAAACUCCAAACGGUCGCGUCAUCGAUCCGACCGGCUUGAAACAAGUGCGCGCGUGCUGGUCGUUGUUGUCCCGGUUUAUUAACAAACGCUCGCUGAUGUUGUUACUGUGCGCGUCGUUCCCCGUGGCUGUGACGACGGUGUAAAGUAUGCGGCAAGCGUGAGGAAAGCUUCAGUCAUUCGGUUACGGUCGAACGGGUCGUGCAGGUUCACAGUACGCGCGCGAUCUCCGGGAAGCUUUUCCUCUCGUCUUACGGAGAAGAAGCUAAUCUGAGCAUCUGGUGGAAGAAAGUAGCGUGUCCGUGAUUGUGUUAAUGCAGUUUAAAUUGCCGCCAACGGACCAGCAAUGAAGAUAACAGAAAGCUACGGAGCUCAGGAUCGCUGGGUGGCGGACGGAACAUGCGCGGAAAAGGAGCUUUAUCUACCGAAUGAUUUGAUACGCACCGGCAACGAACAGGAUUCCAGCGAAACCGGUCCCAUACUACUAGCCCGGCACGAUAAAAUCAAAGUGAAAGAAUCGACGGAAGAGAGAGAAGCGAUAAAACACAGCGAACCGCAUUACACAGAUAGCAAACAGCAAACGCUGGCGGAGGCUGUAACCGUGUCCACCACGAAAGGGGUUUUCCAUCAGCUGCUGCUCACCUCCGCUGUGCUACUACUGGCCGCUGCCUGUGGCAUGCCAAUCGGGUACUCCGCUGUCCUAUUACCACAGCUCUACGAUGUUAACGAAACUCUUAACAUCGAUAUUGAGAUGGGUUCGUGGAUCGGUAAGUUCCCUGAGGGUCACCAGAACACUGUGCGGCUGAAGCAUUUACCAUGUUCCGCUCCUUUUAUCCUUUUAGCGAGCGUACACAGUCUAGCGACUCCAAUCGGAUCGUUUGCCUCAGGCCCUAUAAUGGACCGUUGGGGUCGUCGUCCAGCUCUGUUGCUAGCCAUCGUGCCACUGUUCAGUGGUUGGGUGCUACUCGCCACAGCUUCCUCCCACUUUCUUCUCCUGCUCGGGCGUGUAGUGGCAGGAAUCUCUGUAGGAUUAAUAGCUGCACCGGCACAAAUUCUGCUGGCAGAAAUAGCGGAACCACGCUUGCGUGGUCUUCUCAUCGGUGCCCCGUUUGUGUCCUACUCGCUCGGCAUUCUGCUCGUGUACGCACUCGGCAGUCAGUUCCACUGGCGUGAAGUGGCCUGGGGCGGUACCGUUCUUCCGCUCCUGUCCUUCAUUGCCCUCUUCUUUGCACCAGAAUCUCCCGUAUGGCUAGCCCGCAACGAUCAACCCGAGCGUGCCUCGAAAGCGCUGACCUGGCUCCGGGGCUGUCCGAUACAGGCCAAACAGGAGCUACACAAGCUCACGGAACGUUUCGAGGAAGAACAGCAGCAAAACAAUGGCCGUCCGCAGCGAUUUUGGAAAUCGCUCGGCGAGCUGGCCAUCAUUAAACCGCUCAUCAUUAUCAACGCGUUCCAUGUGCUGCAGAUUCUUUCCGGGACGUACCUCGUGGUGUUCUACGCGGUGGACAUCAUCUCCGAUUUGGGCGGCAGUGAUAUAAACUCGAUUCAGGCGGCAGUGCUUACGGCGAUCGUGCGACUGGCGUUCACAUUCCUGUACUGCUUCCUGCUGCUGAUGAUGCCACGCCGGUUGAUGGUGACGCUUAGCGGUCUCGGGUCCGGGUUAAGCUGUGUGGCCAUUGCCGCAUUUAUGUACAUACGCGCCGGCGAACCCAAAACCCCGUCUGACACGUACAUUGCGGCGGUGCUAAUAUUGAUCUACAUCGGUGCCAACACCGGCUUUAUGACCAUGCCCGGCAUAAUGAUCGGCGAACUGCUGCCAGCCAAAAUCCGUGGCCAAAUCGCGGGCUAUCUCUUCACCAUCUUCAAUCUGCUGCUGUUUGGUGUUGCGAAAGGAUUCCCGUACGCUAAAGCAGCGCUAAAAACGCAAGGUCUGUUCCUCAUGUUUGGUGUCGCCUCGUUCGGUGCAUCGUUGCUGUUGUACCUGUUGCUGCCAGAAACUAAAGGCCGUACGUUGCACGACAUUGAAGACUACUUCCAGCAGCGCAAUUGGUUCUGGAUGAAUCGAAAGCGUGCUCCGGAAGGACCGGCCAGUGGUGGAGAAGAGGGACGACCACUGGCGGUGAGCGAGUAGUCGAAGAGGCGUGCGGCUUAGUACCAACGAUAAAUCAUUUGUAUGUGAUAUUUUACCGUACUUUGUAAGGGCCAUUCUACAUUAAUUUGGGGGAGGGAGAGCAGAAUUCCCACCCAUAGGAAGUCUGUGAACAUUCCAGCACGCUGUGUAGAGAGAGAGUAGACUAGGAAAGGUGUCCCACUUAAUGCAUUCCAGAUCCAGUACAAGAAAUAGGGGUUUAAAAAUACGAAGAAAAAAUGGUACGCAAUACAUUACCGGAUUGAAAGAAUAUACUUUUCAACUGAAGAAAGGGCCUUAAAA